UCAGCAGGUCCGCCAAAUCCGGAAGAAGAUGAUGGAAAUCAUGACCCGAGAAGUUCAGACAAAUGACUUGAAGGAAGUAGUUAAUAAACUGAUUCCAGACAGCAUUGGGAAAGACAUAGAAAAGGCUUGCCAGUCCAUUUAUCCUCUUCAUGAUGUCUUCGUUAGAAAAGUAAAAAUGUUGAAGAAACCCAAGUUUGAAUCUGGGAAGCUCAUGGAGCUCCACGGAGAGGGCGGCAGCUCUGGCAAAACGACUGGGGAUGAGACCGGUGCUAAGGUCGAGCGAGCUGAUGGCUAUGAACCACCAGUCCAAGAGUCCGUUUAGAAUCAAGAUUUUUAAUAGUGACAAAUAAAAAGUCCUAUUUGUG